AGCAGCAGCUAUAUCUCCAGAUACAGACCAGGCAGAGUGACACGUCCAAACGCGGAGAGGACAGCUACAAGUUUUUCGUGUGUCGCAGACUCGUUGGAGUUUGAGUUCUGGGCUAAAAUCAAGAAGAAAGACGAGAGUGGGAACUUCCACGGCGAUAUUCAAUCAAGUCACUUGGAAAAGAGGUUUCCUGGCUUUAUCACUGACCGUCCUUAUCUGGAGAGAAUUCCUUUUUCUGAGGCUGCUGCUCACGAAACCCUUGCAUUGGAGAUUUUGGACGUUAUCGAGGCUUUUACUACAAUCUGGGCUCAUUUUAAGAUUUUCAAAACUUGAAAGGAUAGCUUAGUCAUUGGAUACAUUAUGUAUUCGAGUCUGGCUUUAUCUUCCAAUCCGUCCCCCUACGCACACGAUUCCGGGAACUACAUCCAUCCGUCCGCCAGCUCACCUGUAUAUGUGCCCACCACCCGUGUACCUGCCAUGCUCCAGACCCUGCCCUACCUACAGACGUGUGAGUCCACACAUCAAGCUCACGGGCUCGGCAGUCACCACGCCUGGCCACAGACUGGCACGGAGAAUUCCUCUUUCAACCCGGGCAGCCCUCAUCCUCCGCCCGGUUUCUCUUAUUCGCACAGCCCGCCGGUAAGCAGCAGCACCGGCAGGGACGCCGCGUACCAGAAUCCGCUGGUGUUGAGUAACAGCGGCCGGGCAGAUCAAUAUGGAAGUGCCCUGAUGCGUUCCGUCGGUGGCUCGUACUCCAGCCCGUACGCGGCCUACAUGAGCCCGGAGAUGGCAACAUCAUGGACGCCAGGGCCCUUCGAUGGCGGCAUGAUGGGUCUUCAGGGACGUCAGGGAACUCUACCGGGAAGGAGGUCCAGUUUAGACAUGCUGGAAGAGCUGCCGGGUGAAGGGCGGGAGUGUGUGAACUGCGGCUCCUUCUCAACGCCGCUGUGGAGGAGAGACGGGACCGGACAUUACCUGUGCAAUGCGUGCGGCCUCUACCACAAAAUGAACGGCAUCAAUCGACCCCUAAUAAAACCACAGAAACGCCUGCAAAGCACGUCACGACGAGCAGGUCUGUGUUGCACUAACUGUCAUACCAGUACGACCACGCUGUGGAGGAGAAACGCAGAGGGAGAGCCCGUCUGCAACGCCUGCGGACUGUACAUGAAGCUCCACGGGGUACCAAGGCCAUUAGCAAUGAAAAAAGAAAGCAUUCAGACGAGGAAACGCAAACCAAAGAUGCCCAAAAGCAAAGCAUCCUCAGGGUCAACAGUGUCUGGCGCUAUGUCUCCCACUUCAUUGCCUGUGUCAGAGAACGCCUCUACAAUAAAGAGGGAACCCAGUAUCGCAGCUUCACCAUAUGCAGGCCAAACUGUUGUCUCAGUCACACAGGCAUCGACACAGUUGGACAGUGCCAGUUCAGCACAUGUGGACAUCAAAUAUGAAGACUACACGUACACCCCGACGUCAAUCGCCCCACAGAAUUCCUGGUGUGCGCUGUCCCAAGCGUGAUCUGAGACCUACUACCUUCUCUAAACCUCUCCAGUGCAUUCUGGGAGAAAAGACUUUUAACAAGAUCUACCUAAUAGAACCUUUACACAAAUGUAGACAGACGGAUCUUAGGAAUGCAAGAGACUGACUGUAAUUUGUGCUACUUUGCCUCAUUGUUUUAACGUGGCAUAUCUGUCGGUGACGUCACGGCCAAUUCACGCAAUUCCGCCAAAAUACGGCGGGCGACAAGCAGCGACUCAGCAACAGUUCUCAAGUUCCUUAAGCAAUGAUCAGGAGGACAAAAAAAAGCUUUUUAUGGCUUCUGAGCAUGUUUCAUGACUUAGAUGUUAAUGAUUAACUUUUAAGAUACAUUAUUUAUGUUGAGAUAAGAAUAGUGGAAGCACACAAGUCUCUCCCAUAAUUCCCUUUAUCCUUCAGGGAAUGCGUCUUUAUGGUCACUGUGACUUUAGAUCACAUACUUUCCCUGGAUGAGGCUUUUAAAAGUUUCUUUGUCGUCUUUGCUGAUUCCAGACACUUUUAAUGCUAAAUUGUAUUCCUCCGAUGAUCCGAAGUGCAAUGACCCUCUCUUUUCAGCAAAUUUUGAAAAGGGACACAUUUAUAUUAAUUGUUAGAAAUUUUGUGUUUUGUUUUG